AGACGGAGCUCCUUUUGUUUCUUCUCUCAUUCCUUCUAUUUAUUUUUAUUUUUUUGCAAGAUCAAGAAAGUUCAGAAACGUAUGAGUAUCCAGAGGAAUAGAAAAGAAUCCAUCAUAAGGCAGUCUCGAGCUGACAUUGCUGAGCUUCUCCAGAAUGGACAAUUCAACAAUGCCAGAUAUAGGGUUGUGCAGCUAUAUUUGGACCAGCAGCGCCUGUGUGCAUAUGAUAAGAUUGAACAUUUCUGUAUACACAUCAUGACCAACAUUUCCCAUGUCACCAGACAAAGUUGCUGGCAAUUGUUGCGUACUGACGUUGGGGAAGCAAUAUCGAGUCUAGUGUUUGCUGCCUCAAGAUGUGGUGAAUUGCCUGAGCUGCAUUUGUUACGAAAUCUGUUUAAACAACGUUUUGGUUCUGAGUUCGAGAGGGUCAAUGUGGAACUACAUCCGGGAAACCUGGUGAAUUGUCAGAUGAAGCAGCACCUGAUCCACAUUAAACUUGUUCCAGAGGAUUUGAAAUUGAAAUUGAUUACUGAAAUAGCUAAAGAAUACAACAUUCAUCUCGGGUUACACGGUUCUGAGGUCCAGGAUUACAGACUCUACAACUUCGAACCGGGAACUGAAGUUCUGGAUAUGGAAGUGCAGGAGAUUUGCACUGUUAAUGAUGAGAAUUGGACUCAGGAAAAUUAUAGUCAUGUGCACCAAAGGCUUCCAGACUAUAAUAAUGUGGUAGCCAAACUAAAAGCCCACAAGACAGAGCACAAGGUUGGCCAAAAAGGCAGAACACCAGCAGCAAAAAGACUCCUAAUUAUUGUUCUACCUUUUUGUUUUUCUUUGGUCAUCCUGAUUAUUGCUCGAGUAUUUAAAGGAUUUAGUAAGUAGCCAGCCACCACAGUUUUUGUGUUUGUACAGGAAGUACAAAACUUCUUAUUAUUGCUUUACUGUGAAAGGUGUAGUAUGUAGCUAACAACCAUAUAUAGCUACAAUAGCAACAGCCAUAGCACCAAAUAAAAAGUGUAUUAACUG